AUGGAAUCACUACUCGUGCGAUCAGCAAGUGACCAAAGUAUUCUUGAUGAUCUUCCAGACCAUAUUGUUCAUAACAUCCUUGAUUUUGUUACAAUAGAGGAUUUGGCUCGAUUCAGCACCUUGUCUCGCAGAUUCAGAAGGUUGUGCUCUUCAGUUCCUAACUUGAAUGUUUCGGCGAAAGGCGUUGAAACCAACUUGGUGAAACGGUUCAACUUCCUUAACUUCAUAGAUAGGUUUAUGAUUCACCGCGACAGAUUUAAACUACAACGCUUCAGUCUUUCAUGGUCCAUUAAUCAGGCUUUUGAUUGGGUGUUUAGUGAGGAGUAUCGGAUAGAUUCAUGGCUGCAUCAAGUGGCAAGAUGUGAUGUAGAGAAGCUAGAUCUUAGAAUCUUUUUUCGAGAAAGCAAUAUAAGUAGUUACGCUUUGCCUGCUUGCUUGAACAGUUGCAGGUUCUUAAAAUGUCUCCGAUUGACAUUGAAAAACAGGAUUCUUAAGUUACCCACCACAGGUUUCUAUUUCCUCCAAGAUCUGCGACUAUGUUUUGUUCGAAUCGAGCACGAGGAAUUUGGAGAAUGGUUGUCAUCUUGCAAGCGUUUGCAGAAGUUAACUCUCUCCAAUCUUGAUGGGAUAAAAAAUAUUAACAUCACCAGUACAAGUAUUACGCAUUUGAACAUAUACAUUUGGCAUGAUAUUAUUGUAUCUUCUGUUAAUGUUUCAGCUUGCAGGCUUCAAUAUAUGCGAUUCUAUUGGUUUUCCACUCAAAGCAAGCAGGUAAAUAUCACUGCUCCCAACCUUCUCCAUUUGACGCUGGAAGGAGACCUUGUUGAUGGCUAUCGCCUUGGUAGCUUCGAUUCUCUGCAAAGGGCUCUCAUUUUUGCCCAAACCAGCCCUCGUCUUUUGAGGAAGAGUGAGGAUUCAACUGAUUCUGUUUAUCUAAAUGAGAUUCUUUUUAGUGUCAGUCAUGCCGAGGAGCUAUAUAUUGGGAUAGCUUUACUUGACCUUCUUAUCACAGAUGAUUAUUGGCCAGUUCUUUUUUUAUAUAAUGUGAAGAGGUUGCAUUUGCAUGUCACUCCUGAUUUAGAGGAUUACUGUUUCCCAAUAGUUGCCUCCUUACUUGACAGAUUGCCCAGUUUAGAAUCUCUCACCAUGAGAUCCUACUUUCAACCAGCAGCUCCCAGCUCCGAUACAUCAACCUUGCCUAUGGAGUUAUAUGAAUGCAGAAGUCAGGACUUCGUUGAUAAACUAAAGUCAGUGGAGAUUGAGCUUUACGAAGGACUCAAAGGAUUAGAAUUCAUUAAAUACUUGCUUACGACGAUGAAAGCACUGGAGAAGUUAACCAUCUAUUAUUCCCCAGAAGAGCUCCCUCAGCGUUCAAAUGUUACCAGCGAAAUAGAAGCAUUCAAGAAGGCUUCUUCUACUGCUUCUGUAUAUCUUCUACCAAGGGUAACACUAUUAUUACCUGACGAGUUUCGUUGCGCUAGAUUAAACUAA